UUAUAUUCUUGAGGACACAGAUUGUCUACUAUCUCCCAAGUGCUUAGUACAGCGCUCUACACACAGCGCGUCCUAUUGUGGAGAGUGGCAUGAUACCAUGGAAGGACAACAUAACCAUCCACAUCAUCUAGCGGAGCAGAACAAUCCCCUUUGCAAAAUUCCAGGACAGGAGUAUCAACAUGACCCACAGAGGCACUUGACUGCAUAUCCCUACCGUUGUGCGUUAGCUGAUUUUCAGAUCGAGAAGAAGAUAGGCCGAGGGCAGUUCAGUGAAGUUUACAAAGCAACUUGCCUUCUUGACCGAAAAACAGUAGCUCUGAAGAAAGUACAGAUAUUUGAAAUGAUGGAUGCCAAAGCCAGGCAGGAUUGCAUUAAAGAAAUUGACCUCCUAAAGCAAUUGAACCACCCUAAUAUAAUUAAAUAUUUGGAUUCUUUUAUCGAAGACAAUGAACUGAAUAUUGUCCUGGAACUGGCAGAUGCGGGCGAUCUCUCUCAGAUGAUUAAGUAUUUUAAAAAGCAGAAACGGUUAAUCCCGGAAAGGACAGUGUGGAAAUAUUUUGUGCAGUUAUGCAGCGCUGUGGAACACAUGCACUCCCGCAGGGUGAUGCACAGAGACAUAAAGCCUGCCAACGUGUUUAUCACAGCUACAGGAGUCGUGAAGCUGGGAGAUCUCGGACUGGGCCGUUUUUUCAGCUCAAAGACCACUGCAGCACAUUCCUUAGUUGGAACGCCAUACUACAUGUCUCCAGAGAGGAUCCAUGAAAAUGGUUAUAACUUUAAGUCUGAUAUCUGGUCUUUGGGCUGUUUAUUGUAUGAGAUGGCUGCUCUUCAGAGUCCCUUCUAUGGCGAUAAAAUGAAUCUGUUUUCCCUUUGCCAGAAGAUAGAGCAAUGUGACUACCCUCCCCUUCCAGGAGAACAUUAUUCUGAGAAGUUACGGGAACUGGUCAGUAUGUGCAUCUACCCGGAUCCCGAUCAGAGACCUGACAUUGGUUACGUGCACCAAACGGCAAAACAGAUGCACGUCUGGACCUCCAGCACUUGAACCAAGGAACGUCUCCAAGCCAAGUCACCACCACUUAGUCUUACUUGAAGUUUUCUGUUUUUUCUCAGAAGAAACUGACUGGCUGGCGCCCUGUGAAACACAACUGAGCGUGGAACAGUCUCCAAAUGCGUCUCCGUGAUUUCUGCAGGUUACCUGUUUGACAAGGGAUUUUAAAGUGGUCGUGCUUUAUAAAAGGGAAGAUGCUGGGAGGCAGAGCAACUUCUGGGAAAAGUUGAUAUGUUACAUCUUUCAAGGGUACUUUCUCUAACCUGUUGUGUGUAAUCUAGAUGAAAUCAUCAACAAGGAGAUUUAGUACUCCUUGUAUCUCAAUUGUAAUGUGAAAUGUUAAAAAUAAUUCCUCUGGUGAAUUGUCACUGUUUAUACUAAUAUAAGAAUUGCAGUAGACUGUGUAAUUAGUAUAACUGCUAACAAGCCUCUUUUGCAAAUGGUUAAUAGCAAAUUCAGUUUAGUCCUUCAUAUCUUUAGAAACAUUCAAGCUGUGUGCUUCAUUCCUGCUGUUGGAAAGGGAAGAAACGCUCAUUUGGAUGACUUUUUUUUUUUAAUGGAAAGUAGAGUGGAAAUUAAUGCUAGUAUUUUUCUGUCAUUUCCAUGGCUAAUGAUGACGAGAGAUGCGGGGCAAGAGUCCCAAACCAGUAUCUAGGUGAAUGCUGUUCUUUCACCAAGCCAGUUCUACUUUUGAGCCCUGUAUUUUUUUCCCCCGGCAGAACCAUUCAUUACUAGACCAGUGUUAAGGCAUUUUUCCAAUUCUAGGAAGAUACCUUUGUAUGCCUCUCCCGCCACGGUAGGGUCACAACAGUGCUUUGAACUGUGUCAAGUCAAGCACCGACUUAGAAAGCUAACAUGGUUUAGUACCCAAAACAGGAUUAACCCAUACUAUUUAACUGUGAAGACUAAUUUAUAAAUGUGAAUCUAGAAAAGCUUUGAGGAAAGGGUGUGUUCAUUUUGUUUUUACUCACAAAUUUAAUUCUUGAAUGGACUAAAUGGUCACUCAUUGAAUCAAUGAUGUCUGAUUCUGGCUGAAUGAAAAAAGCGGUUGCUGCUUGCUUGGGGAUUCACGUUCAAGUGUUUCCGGUUCAUCUGCCUAUGUGUACAGAGCUGCAGCCAAAGCAUUCUGGAAGGACCGUGGGCAGAGGGAGAGAGCUGUGCUGUUACAUUGCUUUUUUUUCCAUGUAUGAAAUAAUGUCUCUUGUAGUAAUGUCUGCUAUGUUAUCAAUACUGAAAUAAAGUUGGGGUAAGAGG